AUGCAUACGCACAGUCAAGGCAAGGCGAAAAGUCUAUCAGAUGUGGGAGACGGAUCGUAUCGUGAAGGUUUCAUGAUCCGUGAAAUUCCGCCUUUCGAGGAAGACCACAGGUCCGUGGUGGAGGAAAAAACUGCAGAAACAAAUCGUUUACAAACGCCGAUCGAGACACUUUUGAAUACAAGUUCCGCCCACGAAACCUACGAAACUAGCGAUAAGAAAGGUUCACAACCACAACAGCCACACCUAACAACCAUCAAUUGUCAAAAUCAACCGACAGAUGUGACUGCUCAAAAACGGAUUGUUCCAAAAAAAACUCCUGAACCGCAGUAUCAUCACAAAUAA